AUGGAAAAGUCUAAGAAGAAGGUUUUCGAAAGAAGAAGAUCUACUCUGAAGAAGAAAGCCGGCGAGCUCGCCGAUCGUUGCAAUGUCGAUGUUUGCGUGGUCUGUUUCGGGCCCGACGGCGACCUCCAAGUGUGGCCGGAGAACCCGACAGAGGCACAAUCCAUAAUUGGCAAGUACAUUGAAGCAACAAAGGAAGGCAACAAGUGCAAGAGGACCGAGAAGCUUGAUCUCUCUGAUAUCUUGGAGGCCAAGAUAAAGAAGCUUGAAAAACAGGCUCUUGAGGAGGAAAAAACUUGGGACAAUUUCGACAUCAGAAACGUAGGUGGAUUGUCUCUCUGGGAUGAAGAACUCGCGGCAUUAUCGGAGAGCUCGUUGACGGGUUUAUCGGAUUGCUUGGAGGCCAAGAUUCAGAGUCUAACAGAAAGAAUUGAAUUGUUCAAGGGAAAACAAACAAUGCCCUCUUCUGAUUAUUGUGUGUUUUGA